UCAAUCUUUGUUUCUGCCUCCCGAAGCAGAUAUUCAGCCUGAAGAAAAGCAAGAAAUUGAAUUGUUGGAGCAGGUUUUAAAAAAAGCACUGAAAAUCCGCAGCACAUCUGAGGUUCAUAAAGAACGACAACCUAAUGAGAGAAAAAAUAAAGCACUCGUUAAUCAUACUGGUAAAGAGGAAGAUAAAAGAAAGCAGGUGAAAUCUGUCCCUCUCUCGGAGACGUCUAAAAAAGCCAUUGAUCGGACACGGGCCGGAGCGAAUGUGACCCACGGGGUCCCCUGGACGCGGCCGGUUCUGGUCCGGAAGGGACCGACUGCUCAUCCGGUAGUCAACGGAAGACCGUCAGUCUCAAAGAGCGCUUCAGCGAGGAUCUCUUCCACACGAUCCCAGCAGAAGAUGUGUGUCAAAGCCACAAACGCUGAAGAGUCGUCUGAAGAUAAUUCCCCGUCAGUCUCCAGCCAAGAAGUGCCAGCGUCCGGUGAAGACGGGGAAGUCACAGCAGGAAGUGUGCGCUCUAAGGAGCAAUGGAUACCAUCUCCUCUGUUACCAGCUUGGCGAGCACAGAGAACAAAACAGAAGCGAUUGUGGAGGAAGGUGUUAACCCAGCAAUCAAAGCCAGUACCAGAGCGAACCAAAUUCACAGAGAGACUGCGAGACACUUUCCCGUCCGAACUGCCUUCUGUAUGUCCUGCUGAUAUCACAAGAGAGCUGGACGUGCUUACACAGCGCUGUCUUGACCUGACGCACUGCUUCAACGCUGAGCUGCAGGCCCAGAAGGACUCAGAUUCAGGGACCUUGCGUGAGAGAGAAUAUGAGUCCUUCCGGAUGGUGGAGGAUUUGGAGAAGAUGACGGCAGAAGUUAUUACAUGUGCUGAUCAACGGAAGAAAGACUGGGAGAGCUGGGAUAUGAGGAUCUCUGGAGGCUUGUGUCCCGUCCGGAGGAGAGGUGAAUGGGGCGCCCCGGCCGGUUCCUGUCUGCCCCCCGUCCUGUCGUACAGCAGUGAGGCUGAACUGAGAGAGCUGGAGAGCCAAAGGCUCCGAGUAGAGCAGCUUCAGCAGGCCGUUCAUCUUCAGCAGGCGAUGACCGAUAACCUUGCGUCGUACUGGAGCUCUCGUCCAGGAGCGGCUGGACCCAGUGCUGUGGUUCUGCGGGGCUUGUACUCGCUGCUGGCCGAGGGAGGGCUUCAGUUCCCAUCUCUGGUUCUGGAUUCAGAGUCAGACUGAGCACAAACAAGACUGUAUUUCAGGGUCAGUGGACUGAAUUCCCGGAAGCACGGCAGGGAGGUUUCCGCAGAGCCGCUCUUCUGUGAGAAACCGUGUGCAUUGGGCUCGGAUGUUUAACAAUCGGUCACAUGACUGGAGAUAAACUCAAAUAAAGCUUCCAGCUGACGUCUCUCAGGAUCCAUGAGUCAGGAUUUCAUUUCAUGACAUAUAAUUUGGC